AUGGCUUGCAGGGUUUUGGAGUACUUAAUAUUGCCAUUAGUUGGAGCUAAAACGCUGAUCGUGGGUGCUAAGAGUGUCAACUACAUGAAGAAGAACGCAUCCACCGCGCUGCGAGUCCGCUGGUCUGGAAGCAUAAGGGGUGGUUACAGUUCCAACCACGGGUCUCGCUUUUACUUCACGUUCGAUCGGGCACCUUGCACUGGGCCUGCUGGUAUCGAGGCCGUAGAUUGGACUGGGGCUAGUAGAAAUUAUCAUCAGCAUAUUGAAUUCGAAGGGCUUUGUAACAAUAUUCCUGCAGGACAUAUGCAGAUUGGUUUCAACGUGGGAACACUGCCGGGUAUAUCAUGGCAGCCGUACCUGGGGUGGACAACUUCUGGAAAACCCAAAAUAACAGCCGAGGAAGUCGAUCUGGGGGAGAACAAAGGAAUGUGUCCCCAUCACACUGUUUUUAAUGUAAAACAACAUACCCUUGCCACGGCGGACACAGAUAGUGGGAUAUACGGCGCUUCGGCAUUUCGUUACACCAAACUGGCUCCCGAUACAUCUCUCCGAGUACGUUGGUUUGGGGCCUUAGGUGCAAAAUCCCAAAGUCCAGCACCCGGAUGUCUGCGAUUUUAUUUUACCUUUAAUGGAGAAGAGUGUAAAUCUCCCACUCCGAUAGAUGGAGCCAUUGCAUGGCUCACCGAUCCCAUCAUCCAAACACGGACGACUCAUUCAAGCCAAGGAGAUUAUGCAGUUGCUUUGAAUGUUGGACAGUGUCUAUUUGGCAACCUCAACCAAAUGGAUCCGGACCCUCACGUCAAUGACGUCUCCAGGAUUAUUGUGGAGGAAGUUAGACUUGGGAAGUCACAGUUUGCAGAGCAGGCGGUAUUGCUCACGUGCAGCUUUGAAUCCAGUAGUAUCUGCGGUUUCACGCAAUCAACUAACGACGAUUUUAAUUGGACAAGACGCUCCGGGGGCACCUCCAGUUCCUACACGGGCCCCUCAUCUGCAUACAGCGGGUCGUAUUAUAUGUACAUAGAAACAUCAUCCCCGAGGGUGCUAGGCGACACUGCAGUUCUGUACACCCCCAAUUUGAACCUCGCUGGAGGGUGUGGCCGGCUGGUCUUCCGGUACCAUGCGUAUGGCUCCAGCUUGGGCUACCUGAGGGUCAAGCUAUACAAUGGUCAGCACAUGACCCAGCAGCUUUGGGCAUACAGCGGAUAUUCCAAGAACACAUGGCAAGAAACUAACGUGUAUUUCAAACAAGGCGGGAACUUUCAGAUCGCAUUUGAAGGUGUGCGAGGUCGAGGCGUUACAGGUGAUAUUGCCAUAGAUGCCGUGGCUGUGUUCAAUGUCAGCAGCUCCUACUGCAACUCACCGAAUCGAGAUCUACCUAAAGCUGCUCAACAGGUGUUUAAUCUUCGUCACUGGAACUGGUACAACCUAAACUUCACAGGUCUGGGAGAAAUCAAGAGCAUGAUCUACCCCAAGAUCUCCUCUACCAGUGGCCUGAGGGUCAGUAUGACAGCCACAGUGAUGACCAGUCAGAGAUUGGGUCCUUGUACGCAGUGGCAGUUCCGGUUUGGCGGGCACGUUUGCCCUGUACCGACACACUCGGUGGAGGGCUCUCGCUACACGUAUUCUUACCAAACAACAACACAGCAUCUGUUCCCCAUAACAGUGAGCGGUAUUUGUACGGGUCUACCCGCAGAGAACCUGGUACUCAGCAUACAUACCUCUUCAUGCGGGGGGUCUCCAGCGGUGGAUGCAGUCACUGGCUGGCAGACAAGUUUCUUCGUCUCUGCAGAGGAGGUCGUCCUGCCUUAAGGUACUUUGAUGUGCGAGGAUUUUUACCCACCAAAAUUAAAAUAAUGCGAAUAUUAGUUUUGUCAAAUUAUGAGAUGAUGCUGUCACAUAAAGCUACACCAGGUUAAACUAGAGGAUUAUUGAGAAGAUAAUUUGAAGCUACUCAUAAAAAGAUUUCAAAUUUCAAAAAGUUAAAUACGAAAAGGUGAUACGUUGAUUAAGAUAAUCAUCAGAUGAUGGCAAAAACUUAAUAGAUUUAUGUAGAUUAUCAGUAGAUCCUCAAAGUUCAUAUUUGAAAUACUUACGAAAAAGCAGAUAAGUUUAUGAAGUUUAUAGAGACAUACGGAAAUAUAAAAAUAUUAAAAAAUUCAAGGUUAUUGUUAGAUAUGAAAUAUAACCAGGAAAUUAUAGUGCUUAAUAAAAAGAUUUGAUUCAUUUAUCCAACCUAAUGAGCAUGUUAUACGGAUUUUCUUUUCUAUUUUUUGUGUUAAAUGGUUCUUAUAACUGCAUGUCACCAUAGCGUGUGGUAAAUUGUAUAGAAAUAAAGACAACUCAACACUUGAGGCUAUAAUGGGCCCUUUGCAACUAGAUCACUAGAUAUUGCCUUCUUUUGUUUACUGGAGAGCUUACUUGCUCCCCAGUAAACAAAAGAAUGCUGGAGAGCAUUAAAACUCUUCAGUUAACAAAAACAGUCAACAUCUAGUCAAGUAGCUGCAAAAGGCUUAUCCGUAUCUGAUUGUCAUUAAGUGGGUUUUAUUGCAUAUUAAGAAAAUUGUCACAAUUUAUGUGUAUUAACCAACAGCUUGAUAACCUUUUCAAGAGUGAUACAGACGUCCCACUGAAGUGGGUUGUAUCGAGCCUGUGUGGAAACCCGCAAUAUCAAAAUUAUUUGUUAAUUGUUUUGGUUUACUGGUAACGUUUUCCGAGUUUAUGACUUAUUUUAAUAUUUGCAUCUCUGCAGUACAUGUCGUCUCCAUGGAUAUUUUUACUGCAGCAAUAUAGGCAUUAUAUUUGUUAUAUGUCAUAAUUUAGCGGAUGCUGUUUUUGGUUGCUCUUUCACUUAUUGCAAAUGAAAU